AUGCCGUCGACAGGGAACAUGGCACAGCGCGGGCACAAAGAAAGGCUGUCUCGAAAGCACCCAUCGAAGCAACUAGGCAAGCAGCUGCCAGUGUGCCAUGAACUCGAAUCCGACUACAGCAACGAAGAAGCGGUUGCCAGUGGGCCACCGCCGAUCAAAGUACCAGCUUCAGUUCACAAAGACCAGACACCGGCAGCAAUUGCAGCACUCCACAAGAUUCCAGAACUACAAGGCGAGGAGGCGACGACUCCAACUCCCAAGAAUUUGCGUCAGCGUUUGGGCAGAAGUUGGCUUGGGCAGAUGCCAUCCCCAAGACUGCCACCCGUGGAUACUGGCCUUUACAGGACACCCACGUCGAUGAAUGCAAAGAUGCAGGGUGCAUUCAAGGAAGUCUUGCCAUCCGACGCAAUUCUGGCUGCGUCCCACAUGCACGGAGUUCGAGAAGCCUAUCCACACAAAUCGCCGCGCAAGGCUGGCACCCUGAGGUUUGACGAGCUACCACCGUUGACACCCGGCCGGAAACGGGCCACGGCUGCAUACACCGACCGGCUUCAGCCUGGUAGCCCACGCUUUCGGAAAGCCUUCGAUGCCCCCACCACCGGGUGGCGGGACUCGCAGCGAGGUUUUGCUGUGGUCAGCAGUCUGCAGACUUUGGCAAUCAGUCUCAGCCGAUUGAGCUCCAAGCCUAGCAUCUGCAAAAUCCUGGAGAACGAGGAAGAGCUAGUACGCUUCGGCGGACAUUCGUCCCCGUCGGGGGUUUAUUCCUAUGCCAGGCAAUUGAAGCGCUCUGCCCUUGCCUACGGUCGGCCUGCGCUGAAGCCAAACGAGAAGCCAGGAAACUCUGGCUGCCAGUCGCCCAAGGCCGUUCUGGACGUGGACCUAACUGACUCCGAUUUCAGGCAGUCGGAGGAAAAGCCGCACACGAAGCUGAUCCACGUUAUCAGACGGCAGGUUUAUGAGACGAUUUCGAAAGAGCAAGUGGCUUGCCCAGUCGUGGUGCGCUUCAGUGGUCCCGCAGCGCGGCAAGAACAUAAUGAGUGGCACGACGAUGCUCAAACCAUCCAGAUUGAAGUGCAGAUCGAUCUGGCUGCCGAAAGAGAGAGUUGCCCAAGCAGUGCUGACACGGUCGCAGCCUCCCUCCGGUCCUCGCCAGAGACUCACGACGACUCUCUAGAGCCGUCCGAACACUCCGCAAUUCAUGAGCCUCAGGAAAGCCCUAGCAGCACAAGACGCAACAGUGCGGAAGCACAUGAGCUGGUGAUGCAAGUCGUGGAGGGCUUGGUUGGGCUUCAGCCCUAA